AUGUGUAAGCAUAAUUCUGAUUUUGCAGCAUCUACUCUUCAUGCCUCAUCUGUUGUUAAGUUUAAUAGGUUCAAUUAUAAUGAGUGGAGUGAGCAAGUCGGGUAUUACUUGGGUAUUCAGAAUCUCGAGCUUGCACUCAUGAUAGAGAAACCAACUGAUCUUACUAAGAAUAGCACUGAUGAGGAGAGGUCUUUCCAUAAAGAAUGGGAGAGAUCGAAUAGAUUGAGCCUAAAGUUUUUACGGAUGACAAUAGCAAGUGAAAUUAAGACCUCAUUUCUUGCCACAGAAUAUGCUAGGGAAUUUAUGAGAUUAGACAAAGAGACUUCUCAGUCUAAGGCCACUGACAAGUCCCGUACUAGGGCAUUAAUGAGUAGGCUAACCAUCAUGAAACAUGAUGAUUCUCGUAGCAUGUAUGAUCAUGUGACUGAGAUGUCAAAUAUAGCAGCAAGAAUUAGGAACAUGGGAAUGUUUGUGGACGAAAAUUUCCUAGUUCAGUUUGUUAUUAACUCUUUACCUUCUCAAAUUAGUCUAUUUCAAAUUAAUUAUAAUAUAAUUAAAGAUAAAUGGAUGAUGAUUGAGCUUCAAACUAAGCUAGCACAAGAGGAGGAAAGAUUGAAGAAACAAGGAGUUCAUUUAGUUAAUCUUGUGGGCUCGUCCGGAAUUAAGAAGAAAUCCAACAAGAAGUAUGGAAAGGGCAAAAGGCCACUGAAGAUUGAAGAGUCUUCUACCUAA